AUGGGAAGUCGAGGAAGUAGAAACGCAGCACCUGCCGCAGGCCUUGGAGGUUAUGGAGGGAAUUAUGCUCCAGGUGCUGGUUACGGUGUCGAUCCUUAUGGCAUGGAUUAUUAUGGUGGAGGAUACGAUCCGGGUUAUGGUUAUACUGGCGGCUAUGGGGGGGGUGCUUAUCCUAGUUAUGGAAGAGGCUACAACACUCGUUACAUGACAACACUUGGACCAGUUGGGUAUCCAUAUGGUGGAGCGGGAGGACUAGGUGGUUACGGACCUGGAAUUGGUGGUGGUUACGGCGGACUCGGUGGAGGGUUAGGUGGAGGGUUAGGCGGAUUAGGUGGCGGCUUUGGCGGUUUACCACCAAAAAUCAGAGCCAUUUUUAUUCCACAAGGAGGUGGACAAGUCGCAGCUCCAUGUUGUCCAAUGCCUCAACCAAUACCCCAACAAAUGCCAUGUUGUCCAAUGCCUCAACCAAUACCCCAACCAAUGCCUAGUCCAUGCUGUGGUAUGGGAGGAAUGGGAGGAAUGGGAUUAGGAGGAAUGGGAAUGGGAGGAAUGGGAAUGGGAGGAAUGGGAUUAGGAGGAAUGGGAAUGGGAGGAAUGGGAAUGGGAGGAAUGGGAUUAGGAGGAAUGGGAAUGGGAGGAAUGGGCGGAGGAUGUUGUGGCGGAAUGGGUGGAAUGGGUGGAAUAGGCGGUUUCGGUGGAAUGGGCGGCGGAAUAGGCGGUUUCGGCGGAAUGGGCGGCGGAUUAGCUAGUUAUGGUGGUGGUCUCCCAAUGGGCGGUAUGGCAAUGCCUUCGUUCGGUGGCAUGGGCGGAAUCGGUGGAAUGGGCUUGGGUGGAUUUAGUUCAGGAAUGGCUGGAGGAUAUGGUCAAGGCUUUCCUUCAAUGGGGGCUGGAUUUGGAGGACUUGGUGCUUAUGGAGCUGGUGUUCCGAUGGCAGGAGGCAUGCCAUUCGCACCACAAUUCGGCGGAAUGGGAAUGGGAAUGCAAAUGCCUUUACCAAUGCCUGCACCAAUGCCAUCGUUCGGACUCGGUGGUAAGUAUUGUUUUGUUACCAUUUAUAAACCAACACGUCUUGAGCAUAUAUACAUACAUUUACUACUGCUUGAGGAUAUACCGACUGGUUCCCUAUAUCUUUAGAAUAUUGCUUUUCAACUGAGUAUUGUCUAGUAAUUUGCAAGCACCGACUUUACCCUAUUAACUAUAAUGAUAUUUUCUUUUUUUAAACGUAGACACCAAAAACAUAUUAAACAGUGUACUAAAUAUAAAGUUUUAUGUAUUUGUUUAUCCUUGCGAUAUUUGAAGUUGUCUAAUUUUCUAAAAAUCAUAUUAUAUUGCUAUACUGUACUGAAAUACCUUUCACCCAUUUGAUGUACCAAACUUGUUUUAUUUUAUUCAGGUUUCGGAGGUGGCGUUAGCCCAUUCGCAGGAGGU